AAUAAUGCAUCGGUCGGCUACUCCCUCUCUCCCGUUAUUUACUAUUUCAAAGCGCAGUUCUCUUUUAUUAUUCGUUCCAUUAUAUUUGAAAUGAUCAAAACAGAACCCUCGUGACCAGAUGUGGCGGAGGAUAAUUUGACAAGUCAGCACGAGACUGCGGGGAGUAGAAUAAAGACCAUGUUGGAGAGCUUUGCGCAUUUCUCCAUCUCGGGUGCGGGUCUAGAACGUUGUGUGAUACGGAUUUCUUUGUGACCAUGAAGUUCAUUUGAAUUGCUCACGGAUUUGUUUUUAACGAAGUUUAGACAACAAUGAAGUACGGAAUGGUUGUUAUCACGGCUGGCUUUUCAGGUUUACUCAGCUUCAGCUUUCUUGCAGUGGCAAUUGGGAGCGACUAUUGGUACAUCAUCGAUGUGAACAGUGCGAACCUGUCGGACUUGGAGGACCUGAGUUCGCAUUCCGGUCUCUGGAGGAUCCGUGAAGGGAAAAAUGCCACCUCUUGGCCAAUCCAGUCCUUCUUUGUGGAUACCUCCAACAAAACUGAGAUAGAGAAGCACCUUAUCAACUCCCACAAGGUGAUAGUCAUCCUGCUGCCUCUCAGUCUGUUGCUGGUCGUGUUGGGAGGGAUCUGUGGUCUGGUCAGCUCUCUGGCCAGGAAUCCCAGCCUGCUGGCCGGCUCUGCAUCCUACUUCCUCUUCUGCAGUCUCUUCACCCUCUCCGGGUUGGGCGUCUACGUCAGCUACUGCCAACAGGCUCGGGAGCUGUUGGAACCUGAGAUUCUGGCCAGCAUCCAUGUGUCCUAUGGCUGGUCGUUGGGUAUGGCCUGUCUCUCCUUCAGCCUGGAGGUGACCGCGGGCCUGCUGCUGAUGCUGGCUGCUCGUAUGGCCCACCUCAUGGGACACGACCAUGGAGUCAUCAUUAUCGCCAUGGCCUGAAAAGGGAAAGAGAACGGACUGAAACUGGAAGGGACUACUGGAAGGGUCCAAUCAGAAUCACUCAUUUUCAUUCUCUGUUGCCAAACGUUUUUAAAUGUUUUCUGUUGUGUGCCCUAAUGAACACGACCCCUGACUGUGACCACUGAUCAAACUUCCCAGUGCAUUGCAACUCCAAAGGACUGACUUGGAUGUUGCAUGUUCUAGGUUUCUCCUCUGAGCUACUGGUCCAUAUUAGGACAGUCUCAGAGACACACGAACUUGGCUCCACAAUGCAACCCUCUCUGGACACAUGGGCUCAUUAUUGGGGGCAGCAGGUCUAUUUUGCUAAUUGAAAGGGAUUUGCAAGGCUCCAAUCAUACACACGGACACACAAAAACACACUCUUUCUGGCAAUAUUACAUAGCCAGUCACUAGAUUCGAAUGCUACAAAGGACAAAUGCUUUCGCAUCCUCAAUGGCUGGAGGGCAACAGCAGUUAAUAAGGCUUCGAUUACUUAGCACCUCUAUUUCCUCUGGUUUCCUCAGGGUUCAUAGCCCAGAAGCUACUUUCAACACAUUACAUACAUUGUCACAAUCUACUAAUUUAUUAAUGUUGUGGCUCUUUGCUAAUCAAUGAGUUGUUGUGAGAUGAAGAAAGAAACUAAGUUAAUCACUAGGACAUUAUUGCUAUAGGGAAGUUUGGUUUUGGUUUCUCAGUGCACUUGUCUCUGUAGUUGUGUAUCGUAAUGAUAGUAGAAUUUAAUUGGGAAAAAAAUGAUUUUAACCAAAUUUCAAAAUGCUUUAACUAAUAAUUGUCUAGUAGACAGAUGCCUGCCUUGUGCUUGCAUCAUGGCAGUCUUGUUUGUGUUAUGUUCCAACUCCUUUCAAACCUUGCUACAGUAACAUUAAAUCAUACUGACUAUGAGGGCUAACAAAUGAAAUUGGUUUCUUGUGUAUGCUGCACCACAUUCUAAAUUGCCUUAACAAACUAAACUCCUCACCCUCACAAUGUAGAACGAUGAUCAUUAGUCUGAAAGAUGUGUUUUUACAGUGGGCUAUUUCAGUCCCACAUAAAGUAGCUGCCCUCACUCACAAGUUCCCCUGGGUUUCCACCUGCAAAUUGUGCCAAAGGUCAACUGCAUAGCAGUAGUAAUAAAGGACUAAAAACAAGUUCAUAAAACCAACUCAUCUGCAGAGAGAGAUCAGCUACUGUAUGUACCAGAAACAAAAACCUUCCUAAAGAGAGAGAGCAGAUGCAGGUUGAGAGAGACAAUCUUCAGACAAGCUCUC